AUGGAUGCAAUCAGUCUUAAUGACGAAGUUUGCUUAACUAAGAGUCUGAGAAAGUCGAGUGCGUCAAGUACAAGAAGCUGCCCUGUAACUGAGAGAUGCAGACAAGAACUGGAAGAUUAUGAUAUCGAGUUUGAUGUCAGGCCUCCGAGUGGUACAAACCAUCAGGUAACUUAUUUUUAUGAUUGGAAAUGAAAUAAAGCCGUUGCUACUUAAUCGAGUAAGCUGCUCUACGCACCAGUUCGCUUGCAAGAUGCAAACGAAAAUUUUUAAAGUAAAGAAGCAGAAAUAAUUUUUUAGAUAGGUCUAAUUUGUUGACACUAAAAAUCAUGAUUUAACUUUACCUACAAACUGUAAAUCUCAAAUUGUGAUUCUCGAAAAUAAGUGUAGUAACAACUUUAAAGGAAACGGUUAUGUUGCAUCGGUAGGCAAAGUAAACAGUAAGUUACUGAUUUCCUAGAAGUUUAUUGGAGGAUUUAAGCUCAAUUGAGUGAAGCACUAAUAACACUUUCGAUGGUUAGACUAAUGGCAAAGUACAAUAAAUCGCUCAGGAAAUCGAAACUUCAUUUGUUAAACUUGCUUUUAUGGUAUAGUUACCAUUAGUUUCUUGACCUAAUAUUUCAGAAAAUGACCCUGCUAUCACUAGCCUUGGUACUGUACCCCACCAUACCUUGAAUUUAACAAUCUUUAACAACACCUUUUUUUCAUCUAAUUGAUCAGUUGAACCUUGUGUAGGUUACUCAAAAAAAAAGAAAAGUUUUAAUAUUGAUACACUAAUUUUCACUCUCAAUACCUCUGUAAACAUUUCAAUAGUAAUGUUUAUUACUAUCAAAGGCCAAACUAUUGAGAGAAUAUAACAUUAUUUUAUAAGUUGGGAAAGGUCUCAUAAUACUGAAAUUCAAAACUUAAAUUACUGAUUCUAAAUAGAAUAAGGAAUUGGUAAGAUUCCUCAUGGGGACUCAGAAUUUUUUCUUUGUCCCAUGCUCAUGACAAGACAAGAAAACAUCUUUUUUUACUUCUUUACCAAGCUCAGAACAUAUCAUCUUUCCCAUUCCAAAAAAAAUUCUGAAUGCCUCUAAGUGGCAGAGCACCAGAGUGCUGAUUCAAAGGUCUGAGGCUCAAUUCCUUGUGGGGACUCAGAAUUUUAUCUUUGUCCCAGGGUAGAGACAAGAAGAAUAAACAUCUUUCUCUAAGUUCACAUUAAGUCCUCAAGCUUAAAGCUUUGGAUAAGUUCCAUUUACAGCUAUACAUUGAUUCUGUCAACUGAACAAGGGGGGAAUUGGUUUCUAUUAGAUACCACUAAACUGUAGAAAAAUCCACCAACAAAACCACAAGAAAAAAUUCAAUCAAAACCAAAAACUGCAUGUAAUAUUGUCAAAAGCGAUAAAUUUUCACAUCACAGUGUGAAAACCCUAAUUGAUCUAUUACAGAGGUGAACAAGUGGAACAAAAAGAGAUUUUGAGGCUAUGCAAAGUCUGUAGAGGUGAAAAAUUGCUGCUCAGAUUGAAAAGGAACUGGAACCCAAACAAGAAAAACUGGAAACCACAUUGGAAACCAAAUCUGAAAACCCAUUGGUAUUUAUGAGGAAAACUGAAAACCAAACGCUUAUUUGAAACAGAAAAUCUGUGAACUGCAAUGUGAACCAAAACUGCAAAACCUAAGUUUUUUGGCACAAAAAUGAAAAAACAGAUCUAAAAAAAUUGCCACAACUGCAAAACAGAAAUCCCAAGGCCCUACUCCUGUACAUAUUUUGAUGUAAACUUUAUUUUAUAUUUCACCUUACUUGAAGAUUACAAAAAGGAUAGAUGAUUUUGAAAAUUGGAAAAAUGCAUAUUUAGUACAUGUACAUGCAGUCUACUGUGUGGGGACAUUAUGCAGUAGGUGCCAUUAUUCCUAAUAACUAACCUUCUGUGGUAUAUGACCUGUUCAUCAUGAUGGUAAGAAAUCUCUUUGGAUUUUCUUUAUUUGAAAGUGUAACUAUUGGUGUUUCUAAAUGUUUUAAACUUUUCAGCAACCAGGAAAGCACUUGAGCAUAGACACUAGAUUUUCAGAACUUAGCCUUGGUAAGAGUACAUCUUUUACAAUGUUUUGUUGAAAGUUGUUUAUUUAGGGCUCGUUAAUAAUGAAUCCAUGUAAAUUCAUGAGCAUUUUCAAAUUCACUUUCAUCUGUCAGUCUUAAUUUGGGUUAUUGUGAUUAAGUUAACUGUUAAUUUACCCUUAAUUCUUGAAUUGAACUCUUAACGUCUUCAUGUACAAAGUUCUACAAUUCUUGUCAGGGAUUAUAUAGACUGACACUUCGAACUGGUUGUUCCAGUAGCACUUUGUUAGAGAACAUUUUUGUAAACUACCUGUACAUGUAUUUCCAUUCUUUAAUUGCCUCAUGCAAGAAAUGUUACCUCCUCAAAAAAGAAAAUUCCUUGCAUAAAUGAACAUGCUUCUCACAUGUUAUGGCAGUUGUUUAAGUUAUAUUUGGUGGUUCUGAAAGUUAAUACCACUCUGUAUAAUUUAAUAGAAAAUUCCUCAUUAGUUGCUGAAAGUGAAAGAGAUCAAUCCAGGUUACCGAAAAGUUUAUCCACCUCUCGAAACAGAAUCAGACACAGCAGAGUGCAGAUCCCAAAAGGAAAUUUUUACAUCACUUCUCCUUUUAAACAAGGGCCAGAGAAAGAUGUGAAAGGACCAGUUUUGGUAAGGUUUUGGUCAGAGGUUGAUUUUAAAUGUAACUGGUGACGUAAGUCUCUAGUAAAGCUAGAUCUAAAUGGCUAUGUUCUUAUCUCAUUAUCAGCAUUAACAUACAUUAGGGCUCAGUAACUUUAAAUUCAAAAUACCACUAUGUUUGAAAGCCUCUAACAGCUUCCAUUUUAACUAUUGUUGGUUUUGCAACCUAAGAGAUGCAUGCUUUACAUAGUGUUCGUUAAAUCUAGUUGACAUUUCAGAAUAAAAAACUUAAUACUCACCCCCUUCCCUCUCCCUAAGAAGCUCUUAGUGUGAUAUCCCUGGAAUGGAGUUAAUAAGCACCUUGUGGGUUGUUUAUGUGGUAUUGGGGCACAUCAAAACUCAUGUUCUUCUAUUGUGUGCAGGUCAUUGAUCCUAGUCUUGAAUUGAAGCAGCGGACCACUGCUGGAGUUGAAAAGAUUAGGAAACAGCUGGAAAGGACAAAACGCACCAGAAAUAUGAUUCUUCCUCCUGCACAGUUACAAAGAGGUCACCUUAAGGCGCUUGGGCGGCCUAUGACAGCCUCUGGUCCUCUCGUGAACAAUUGUCAAGGAAUUGUGGCUGGUAAGUCUGUGCUUUGUUUAAGUGACCCUAAGCUUACUAACACAGUGUAGAUGGAAUUAAGUAGAUCUUACAUACUACAUAAAUGUCAGGGUUUGUCUCUAUAUACUGUGCAAUUACGAUUCUGCCCAAAUGCACUCGCUAGUACCCGCUCUUCAGCGCCAUCGCAAGUGCAUGAGCAUAUGUGCACUCAAACGGAGACAGCAAGUAGAAAAAAUUGAGUGUACAAUUUUUGUUUUAGUCCGAGUGGUGAGAACAUGAGCAAGACGAGCGUAAAAGAACAAAUUUGUGUGAACCCUCGCUAGCUCGUUUCGCUCUAAGUCUCUCGCGCUAGGUUUAAUCGUGGGCCUCCUAUGCGGGCGAAAUAUAAUCUGUUCUAUCUUAUUUCGUCUUCAGGUGCACGACGGUAUCAUAGUUUUGCAAGAAGGCAGACCAGCCCUUCACUAGAGCGUGUCAAGUCCUCUAGAGUGUUCUCAACUUCGGACACAGCCUUACCUGCCGCUGCACGGCUUAGAAGUCCUAGUCAGUUAUGGCGCCCAGAAAGUUCCAUUCAUAACACUUCCUGUGCAUCGUCUGUCAACGAGAGUAACCGCCACAGUGAUAGUAGUUUUUCUGAAGAUGGACUCAGUGAUGACAGCAUUGAUGUGGAAAAUCAAGCUGAACAAGUGACGGGAUUUAACCAGGACGAGAAUGAAACUGAGGAAAAGCUGCUUUCCCCUAUAAAUAAGAACGGAACUCUUGCUUGUGGUUGUAAACCUUAUUUUGAUGACACAAAAAAAGAACACUCAGACGACGACAGCGAUGAAGGCGAAGGUCGAUGGGCACGACAGAAUCUUCUUCCUGCUGAUUCCACCUAUGAAGUUGAUCGAGAGCGAAGUAAUAACUCUGACUGUUUCCGAAAGGCAAGCGAUGAGAAAACUAUUACUUCUCAAGGGAAGCAAGGACAGUUAAAAACCUAUGGUGACAGGGAAACCAAGGGAACUUCAUAUUGUGAGCUUCAGAAUGAAUUCUCUGCUGACUCUUCAAUGAUCAAGUCGCGCCAGAAGAACACAGAUAGGUUUCCUCCAGAAUUUCAACCUCCAGAAUUUCAACCAGGAGCUGAGGAGUCUUUUAGGAGUCUAAAUUCUAAUAAAAUCAUUGAUGUUCAUAUAAGGGUAGUCUCCAGAAAUGGACGUACACGCGUGGGAACGCUUGACCGGUCUAACAACGAUAUUACUGGUGAUGAAUACCUGGAUAGCGAUAGCGAUGCUUUAGAUUCGAACAGGAUACCUUCGGCGGAUAUUUUUAAAGUACUUGACUCUCUGAAUCUAAGCACUUCUGCAAUGAAGCCUCGGACUCCUAGAGAGGAGAGACCAAAGGCAAAAAGGGUGCGGUCUGCUGGUUAUACGAGACAGACGGCUGCUGCUCUCAGUGAUAAAACGCCUUUGGUAAAAGGCAGCAAAGAGCCAAGACCACCCUCAGGUAAACGAAUGGGAAAUAGAAAAAAGAAAGAUAAAACUUUACGUGAGGUAGAAAAUUCGAACACUGUUACUUCCAUGAAAACUGGAAGAGCUAAUGACUUCACAAAGCAUGCAAGGGAGAAGUUACCGGGUUAUUUCACUGAGCAGUACAGAAAAAUAUUGGACGAGCAGAAUCGAGAUAGGACUAGUGUUUGUGCCUUGAAGAAGGAAUGUUCAUCGUCCAGCAUCGUGGCUGUGGCAGCGAAAGAAAUGACGAGUAAAGGAAGCGAUAGUGAUAAUGUAAGCGAUAUUGCAUCAGCUAUUAAACUGGGAAAAGAACAUGUAGAAAUGUCAAGUGGCAAGUCUUCUAUAGAAAAGACUCUAUCUUUUUGCGAGAAGCCGGAUAAAGGCUCGAACGCUGAAAAGUCUCCUCGAAGUUCCCAAACAAGUGUGUUUGUGACUAUGGACGAUAAAAGUGAAUAUAGAGGUGUUAACACUUUGGAAGAUAGCAGUUCUGGCGUGGAAACGAUGUCGUGUGUGACAGGUUCAUCUGUUUAUGGUGAUACUAUCGAUAAAAGUAAUUAUAGCACUGAAUUGGGAUGGAGUUCAAGUAAUGAGAACUUAUAUCCUGUGACUGAUGGACAACCGUAUGACGAAGUUGAUGAGUGCACUGAUAGUAUCAUUGAUGACGAUGAUGAUGGCGUGGAUGCUGGUUUUGUUGAAGACUUUGGCAAUGAUUCCACAGAUUUGGAAGUGGUUGCUAAAACGAUGACUUUGUCCGAGUCAAGGUUCGUAUAUUUUCCAAAGCAUUUUGUGCCCACUGAAAUACAAAAUAGAAGCUCUCGUAAAAGAAGGCUGUUCGAAUAAAAGUGUCGUGAAACAAAAGCAAAUUACAGCUACUCCUGCAAAUUAAGCGUCUCAUUCUAAGGGUACUUUUCACAAUUCUCCUCACAUGUCUACGUAGUACUUUUUUAUGGGGAGAAUUUAGAUGCUGGACACUCUUAGGAGUGAGAACUACACUACACUGUAUCUUAUGUUAGUCAUCAAGUAUAUCGCAUACUCCAUGUACCACUUUCUUCAUAUUGCUUUGCUUUUAAAAUAGUGACCGAAACUUUUCUUUUUCAAACAUUUUGUGUCAGAUAUGAUGCGAAGAAGAAGCCCAUUGUACCGAUUCCACCCCUUUGCUUCAGUAUUAACACUAAAGCCCCAGAGGGGCAGUUGUAUUACUUCGCCUAUGGACUAGAAAUGAAUCCCAACAGGUGAGCAGAGAAGUUUGUGCAAUUCACUGGGACUAAAAAACAACCAUAUCAGUGGAAUCCUAAUUUUUUCCUUAAUGGCUUAGCUACCAUAAAUUUAUGAUAGCUUAUUGGUAGUAGAUCCAGAGUACUUAUUGAAAACUCAUACGUUACACUGCUUUCAAAUGCAAUUGGGAUUUGUUCAUUCCUGCGCAAGUGACUGUAAAAAUAAAAAAUAGAAUCGAAUAGUGAUGUGCCGAUGUUCUGACCCCUUCGUGAACGUGGUGCUUUUCUUAUUGAUUUUUUAGGUCAAGACUUUGGGUACAGUUACGGCUGGCAUUGCUUCACCUCACCCCCUCCCCCCCCCAACCCUUCCCACCCCUUUCCUUAUCACAUCUUUUGUUUAAUGCUCCCUUUUGCUGAAUUUACCCGUAAGAAACUCUCAACGAGAGCUGCAUGGAGUCAUAGAAAUAUUUAAUGAGUAUUAUAGUGCUUUUUGGAAAAGUAAAUACCACUUCCUUAAGUACGAAAGACCGUUUUCUACAGAAAGGCAGUGUACUUGCUUGGUUUUUUUUUCUUUCAUAGGAUGGCCAUUUACUUACGUCGAGAGCCUAAGACGCGAUUGUGGGGUAUUUUGUUUGGAUUCCAGAUUCGAUUUAACAAGAAGGGUAAGCUUUGAGACCGUAAAAACAAAGGAUUAAAUCGCUGAGGAAGACUCAAACCCAUCAUUUUAAUUGUUAUUUGUAGGUACAUCUGACGAGGCUGGCGGAUUCCCUAAUAUGGAAUUCUCUCCAGGACACUCGGUUGAGGGAUGUGUGUACGCGAUAACAGACACAGAACUGAAGAUGCUGGAUAACUGCAUGGGUUAUCCUAAGGUCAGUCAAAGAGCCAGAGAAAUUCCUGUUAAGUAUUUAAUUUUUACUGAUCAAGUGUGACUCUGAUAAAUCGUAAGACUCCUGCUUUAAUAAUUUUUAUGUCAAUUUAUUGUACAUGAACGUGAAAUAUAGAGUUUUUCACCCACAUAAACCAAUACAAGGGCUUUUUUUUAAUCCAACGGUACAUAGCCUUGGUGCCCUAGUUCGUAGUUACCCUUUCAGUUUCCUUUAUUCAUGUAUUAUUAUUAUUAUUAUUAUUAUCACUAUUAUUAUUAUUAUUAUUGUUGUUGUUGUUGUUAUAAUCAUCAUCAUCAUUAUUUGUAGCAUUACACUCGAGUGGUUGUACCGGUUUGGAUGCUGAACUGUGCCAGUCCUUCUGAACACGGUGUAGCUCAGUACUGUAUACCAGCGGUUUCGUAUAUUGCUCAAGAUGAGUGGAUCGUUAAUGGUAAGCUGUGGAAUAUUUUCAUUUUCUACGUUGCGUAUAUUAUAACGGUAAUGCCCCUCUCCCUUAGUCAUUCUAUGUGCCGUGUUAAAUCAUUUUUCCGAAGGUUCCUAACUUUUUGUUUUUCAAAUAGUUUUUUAGAUAGUUUUUAAUGUGGGUAUCGUUUGUUGCCUUUUGAAUCGUUUACUACACGUCAUUUGGGAAUAAGUUCAAAGCGCUAUCUUUCCUUGUUGGUGUACCUUUUCGCUCUUUGCAGUCUACCAGAAGUAUACUGCAAGACGAAGCUGCUGUCGAAUUUCGUUUUUUUUUUUAAAUUUGAUCAUUGAAGACUCAUAUUUUUCUAGAUAAUUUGGUUUUAUCAACUGAGUUAAUAAUGCAAAUUGGUCAUCGUAGAGAGUCUCUAAGCUGGCGUUUCGAGCGUUAGACAUUAUUCGCUGUUCAUUAGCCCUUCAUGACGAAGGGCUGACGUUGGAAAUGUCAACUUAGAAACUAUUUAUAUUUAUGGUGGCCAAUUCACAUUAUCUAAUCAGAUCAUAAAACAAAUUAUCUUGUUAUACUCCCCCACCUACGUAGCACUACAGUUUCUCCAGAAACUUACCUCUUUAUUCGUAUUUUUCUGGUAAGAAAACGGAUCCUACGAGAAUGAAAGAUGGGAAUUAAUGGAAGUCUACGAAAGCGAAAGAUACCAAUGCACGCACUACUCAAAACUACUAACGUAAAGAGUACUUAACUUUUUUCGACAGUUGCAUACUUGCCAUCUACAUGUAAAGAUAGAUUAUUUUGCAAAGAAGUCUUUUUAUUUUGUUGCAUUGUAGAUUCAUCACAAAAGUUGGAGUGUCGCUACAGCGUGAGCCAAUGUUUGAAAGCCUCAGACAUACUAACACCUAACUACGUCAAAUUCUUGACCGACCAAGCAACCACCUAGCACAAGAUGUGGGCCUAGAAUGGAGUAUUGAAUACCUGACCUCUUUAAACUUUAGUACGAUCUUCUAUAAGCAGUCAGGCGUAUUGAUCCAUACUCGUAUUUCUGUCUAGUACAAUACCUCCAAACAUCACGCACAUGCAUAACUGCCUUCAC